GCUUAGUCAUAAAUGCCUUUUAAAAGAUGUGUUCCCUUUGACAGACCGGAUGGUCAAAUCAAAUGUUAUGUAGACCCUUUAACAACAUUAUUAUGUAAGGUGGACUCGUCUCAGAUAUUUCUGUCUUAAAGGAAAUAACGGAAUGGGAAUUUUCCAAUUGGCAUUUAUAUUUGCAGUUUUGUGGUAGGGUGAUUUAUGAAUCAUGAUGUUCGUGCAAGAGUAUCAUCAAAGGUGUUCGUGAAUAGAAUAAAAUUCUGAUAAAAUUUGGAAAAUGAAUUUCAUAGAGGUUGGGCUGCCGCAUACAGAGUUUGUACCAAAGAAGAAGGAAUUUACCCCAAGGCGCCCUAUUCCGAUGUCUGGGCUGAGUAAAAAGUACAUGGGUUUAGAGACACUGUCCAAAUCUGACCUGGGCUCUCUAAUCGAAAGACUUUCACAACCUAAAUCUUCUUCAAGUGUUCAUAACCCUGCCAUUGAUACCAACGCAGACCAAAGAUGUGGUUCGGGCACUUCCGGGGGUAGAUUUGCAGGUAACAAGAAGAUGAAAAAGUCUGAUUUAAACAGUAUGAUAGCUAGAUUGUCAAGCGCCAAAUCAGAGAGGAUACCGGAUUCUAGGCGGAUCCAGACAGCUGAGGAGCGGAGCAGACGAGGGGUGACGGCAAGCUUCGCGUGGCAAGGAAAGGGUCCCUUAAGAGGGGGUCUCUGUACAUCAAGUCAUCACACGCACUAUAGAGAUCUGCUCAAAAAACACUCUGAUAAUGACUGGUGCAGAGAAAGAAAUUAGUCAGACAACAGAUGUGUUUCUAUAACCGUUUUAUUGCAUUGAUAAUUACAUUUUACUGAUAUUCAUUGAAGUUAAAGUUCCCCGUGUCUACAUUUUCGUGAGAUUCAUACUUAUCAUAUUUGCAAUUGUUUUGUUAACACAGUACAUGUAGCAUAUUAAAACUUUAUUAAUUUAUUAUUAAUCUUCCUCAUUUAUAAUUAAUCGUAAUUAAUCAUCUUAAUUUUAAAAUUAUAAUUAUUGUUUUCUACAUUUAAUCAGUCCCAUAUUUUUUUUU